GGGGCUCCAGAGCAAGUACUUCCACCCAGAGGGAGAGGGGCGUCCUUACCGUCGAACUGCCCCUCCCAUGGUCCUGCCCACUCCGGGGGGCACCUCAGCUGGAGUGCUGCGGGGACCCCGGAGGUUGAACGCUAAGCAUGGGGAAGAGCUGCAAGGUGGUCGUGUGCGGCCAGGCAUCUGUAGGCAAAACUUCAAUUCUUGAGCAACUCCUGUACGGGAACCAUGUUGUGGGUUCUGAGAUGAUUGAGACCCAGGAAGACAUCUAUGUGGGCUCCAUUGAGACAGACCGAGGGGUGCGGGAGCAGGUGCGUUUCUAUGACACUCGGGGUCUCCGGGAUGGGGCCGAGUUGCCCAGGCACUGCUUCUCCUGCACUGACGGCUACGUCCUGGUCUACAGCACAGACAGCCGAGAGUCGUUUCAGCGCGUCGAGCUGCUCAAGAAGGAAAUCGACAAGUCCAAGGACAAGAAGGAGGUCACCAUCGUGGUCCUUGGCAACAAGUGUGACCUGCAGGAGCAACGUCGUGUAGACCCUGAUGUGGCCCAGCACUGGGCCAAGUCAGAGAAGGUGAAGCUAUGGGAGGUGUCAGUGGCUGACCGCCGCUCCCUCCUGGAGCCUUUCAUCUACCUGGCCAGCAAGAUGACCCAGCCCCAGAGCAAAUCUGCCUUCCCCCUCAGCCGCAAGAACAAGGGCAGCGGCUCCUUGGAUGGCUGAAGGGCUGCCCUUCUUUCUUCACCUUUCCAACCCCGUUCCAGGAUGGGUUGAGGGCACAAGCGUGCAUAAGCAAGCUGUUCUUCCAAUCAGUAAGGGAAUAAUCUUCUAGGCCAGGAAGCUGGGCCGGCCCAGGCCAAUGCCACUUUUGUUCGCUCUUAACUCCAAGAAGUGCAAGUGAACUUGAUUGCUGGCCCUCCCCUUGACCCUUCCAUGAUAGUCCCCACCCACCCCCAGCUCACAUCCCAUUGUCUCCACUGUUACCUGGACACUUAUGGUGCAUAGUGUCCUUUCCAUCUGCCCGGAGCAGGAAGCAGGGCUGUCAUGCCAAAUGCUCAGUCCAUGGUCUGGCUCCUAUCAGGGAUUUCAACUCUCUAAAUUUCCUGCCAGUAAUACAGCACCAGCCUGGGCUCAGCAAAGUGACCGGGUAGUGUGAGCACACUGUCAUAUAUGCUGGCUUAGAGUUGGCUCCUGUCUCUCACUCUGACCUUUCCCUUGGCCUGUUCAAGGCUGGGAAAAGCCAGGCUCCUGGGAGUGGCGUUUUCUGUUUGACCUCUACUCCUCGCCCAGCUCUUUUACUUCCUCUUCCUGCUCUGGGAGCAGAGCCCUCAUUGGUUGAGGUAGUAUGGAAUGAUGACUGGGCUGUCAGUCAUCCUGUGGCCUAGCAAGGCCAUUCUUCUCUGGGCUUCAGUUUUCUCAUCUGUGAGGCGACAGGAGCUUGGAUGAUCACUUAGAGCCUUGGCAGCUCUGUGACUUUCUAAAGCCGGUGGCUUGGGCCUCCUGUGUCUGCCCCUGCUUCACCCUCUUCAAGGUGCUACACCAACCAGCCCUGGAGGCUGGACACGCCUCUUGUAACCACCAGGGGGCAGGAGUGCACUCUGUGCUCAGUGGCACAAGCAGCACAGUCCCUGGACCUGCCCAUCAGGCUAGUGUCCAUCCCUCCUGGUUGUUUUUGGCUAGUAGCUGGACUUAUAUUUAUAUUCUCUGUAUUUAUAUGCCUGCUACCCUGGUGAAGGUGGGAUAAGCCGCUCCUCCAGCCCUUCCUUCUUACCUCAGAUGCCUGAACAGAACCAGGCAAACCAGUAGCAGCUUCCUAGGAGAUGACAGGCCUUGUGUGCUGGGCUUGUGCUAUCUAUCAAGUGAGCUUAUAACCCACAACUUCUGGUGCCCACCUCGAGCUUGUGAUGUGCACACCUCACGUGAGUCAGACACUACAGCCAGACCACCUCCUGUACCAUCCCUUCUCCCCAGGGCUGGGCAAGGAGAGUCAGGGCAUCUCCAGGCUCAGGCUUGAAGUUCAUUUAUUAAUGUGUUAGACACAAUAAAACCAC